AUUUUCUAAUCAUUCCGCUACGAAAGUCUGGAGCCCUCAGGCGAAUAGUUAAUACCACUUGUAUCGAUCUUGGCAUUCAGUGUCUGCUCAGGACAAACCACUGGCCAUUCGGGGUAGCUGCUAUGGCCUUAGGUCGUGGCGAUCCAGCUCACAUGGGGGACGCAGAUGAUGGUAUUGUUGAUGCGGAGCUCAUAGAAGGCGACGUGGUGGAUGAUCUUGAAGGCGAAGAUCCCGAAUAUGGAAGCGAGGACGACGGAGCUGAUGGAGACGACGGCGAUGAAGGCCGCGUCCACACAGUACUAGAAGAUGACUCUUUCCAUUGCUUCGAUGGACAUCAAGACGCCAUUGUAUCAGUCGCUUGGAACCCCGCGCGACCCGACGUGGUUGCCAGCGGCGGCUGCGAUGACACCGCCUUCCUGUGGCGGGUGGGCCAGGAUGCCUACGAGGACAGCGCCGGCAGCAUGGGCACUGUGGAGUUGGGCGGCCACACGGAUACCGUGGCGGCGCUUGCCUUCAACAGCACGGGGAACAUGCUGGCGACGGCGGGCAUGGACGGUCAGUGCAAGAUCUGGGAUGUGCCCGAGGGGCGGCUGCGGCACAGCCUGGAGGGCAGCGGCGGGGCGCUGCAGUGGCUGAGCUGGCACCCGCGGGGGGACGUGGUGGUGGCGGGUACGGACGACUGCAUGGUCUACAUGUGGAAUGCGGCGACGGGGGCGGUGAUGCAGGUGUUCAGCGGCCACUGCGGCGCUGUGAGUGCGGGCUGCUUCACGCCGGACGGCAAGUCGGUAGUGAGUGUGGGCGGCGAGGAGGACGCCAGCUUGCGAGUGUGGAACCCGCGAACCGGGGAGUGCUCGCUGACGAUUCAGGGGCAUCCCUUCCAUGAGAGCGGCAUCAACUGCGUGGCCCUGCACCGGGAUGGUUCCGGAGCCGCCAUCACGGGGGGGGAGGACGGCUGCGUGUGCAUCUCCAAUGUCAGCACGGGGCGAGUGGCGGGCAGGCUGACAGGUCACGAGGACUCUGUUGAGGCAGUGGGGCUGUCUCCCCACCUGCCGCUGGCUGCCUCGGCCUCCCUGGACGGCAAGCUGCUAGUCUGGGACUGCGGCUCGUUGAGUGCGCGAGGAGCCUGCGAGCACCCCUCGUCCAUAACCCGCAUGUGCUGGCACCCCACCGAGCCCCUCGUCUUCACCGCCUGCCUUGAUGGAGCCUCACGCUGUUGGGAUCUGCGAACCGGCUCGUGUGUACGAACGUACGGCGGCCACGAGGAUGCCGUACAGGACAUUUGCUUGAGCCCCGAUGGAUCCAUGUUGUUGACGGGGGCGGAUGACGGUACGGCACGUGUGUUCAAGGUGAAGCCGUAAGGGAGAGGCGGCGGUGUACGGCAAGUGAUGUGUACGGCAUGGCAAGUGUUGGAUGCAAGCAUGCAAUAUAUAGCACUACUGGAGUAUGGUGCAUAUUAAGGUAACGAACGAGUAGUAAGUCAUGAUUCUUUGAGGCCAUGGGAAUGAAUGGGAGCUUGAUAGGGUUUGGAUUAGGCUGCUUAGCUGACCCAUCGGUUGGGGUAUGUGAAUGGGAAAGCUUUGGGAGGAUACAUCAAUACCUUUCGUUAGUGUACGUUUUUGUUUUGUAGCCUGCAUAGUGCAUGCUGUUGGGGUUGGCAUGAAGUCAGGUUCAAGACUAUGCGGUCCUCCCCUCGUCGCUUGGCCAAAUGUAUGUUGACGCAUUGGUUAUCGACCCGUGUGGUGGGGCUGUUUUGACACAUAGUUUUUGGCUCACGCUGAACGGAGAUAGAAUCCGACUGCAAGCUGUGCGCAACGCCGUUAUCGGCGUGCAUGUCAUGGCUGGUACCGUUGUCCGCCACGUUCACACUUUGAGCUUACGCUUACACCAAAUAAUACCGUACAAUGAACCCCGACAUACAGCCCACAUGUCUCACCUUGUACAGCCUGCACGUCUAGGGCAAGAUUACGUACCAUAGCCGUGCCAAUAACUAACUGUUGCUAGCAAAUAAAGCCACUAGGGGCUGUGCGACACAUUCACGGCUUUACGACACAGAUGUCAAGUAUGCCGUACAGAGUGUAACCACGAACCAACCACACCCAUCCAGAGCAACAAAGCUACAGCUCCAAACCCGGACACAUCCACACAGUCAUACCGGUAUACACGACAUGAUCAAAAGAUUUUUCUAGUCUCCAGCCAAAAAAGACUUCGACCAGGCGUCGCAGCAAGUACCAACAAGCAAACCAGUUACGAAUAAACCAAUUGCACCUGUCAAAGCUGCAUUACCGCUUCACACAUACAGCAGCAGUACUUUGC